AUGCCUCCCGGCGGUGGAGGCCCGCCGGGUCCCGCUCCCACUCCCACUCCCAGCGCCAGCAGAGUCCUGGGCCCAAUACAAGGCGGCGUCAGUUCCCUCACGACGAGCUCCAGCAGGUAUCUCGACUACGUCCUCCCACCCCAGAAGCGCCAGCAGUGGCAGCAAGCAGCCGCGGCCUUCGCAGCCCAGCGCCCGUUCAUCGCCAGUUUCCUGCUGUCGCAACUGGCCAUCAGCGGCCUUCCGCUCGUCCUGCUGACUGUCAUUGCGUUCAUCUUCGCAUUACUGGCGGGCGUCAUGAUGAGCGGGCUGGGAGUUGUCCUCUUCGUUUCCUGCGCCAUGGUCUUGUCAUUACUGGUUCUCGUUCCAAUCAUGAUUUUCACUACCGGGGCCGCUGUCGUUGUCUGGCUCUGGGUUGUGGGCGCGUACUUGAUCUUCCAGCGCUUCCGACAGAAAGAUGGCGCCGAUGGACCACCUACAACUCUGCCGGCCGCGCUGGUCAAAGCUGUAGGCGGCACGACCGCGCAUCCCCCGGGCGGAGGCAACCCAGGUGCUACACAGAACCCGCCGCCGAAACCCGUUAGCGGGAACGGUCCUCCUGCGGCGAACAGACCACUGUCAGCACAACGUCCACCCCCACCGGGAUCGGGACUCAACACAGCAGCUGCAGGACCGGGUCCAGGUCCGGCGUCAGCCUCGGCCGGACCUCCAAGCCCACAACCCAUGCCGCCCAGUCCAGUCCCCACGAGAAAGCCCGUGUCCAGAUCCCCAUCCCCUAAUCCUGCACCAAAUGGCACAUCUGGCCCGGAAAGCCAAUCUCCGCCAAUGAAUGGCCAAGUGCAGCAAAGGAAACCUGUCCCUAGCAGGUCUCCUUCGUCCGACCAAUUUCCCGAUCAAAACGGCGGAGCCGAACAGCAGAUGAACGGAAGCCCCAAGCACCUCCAGCCCGGACAGCCCACGUCAACUCCUCGACCCAUGUCUCCGAGAGGCCCAGGCUCGGGCCCAGGCAACCCCGACCCACAAGCAAAUGGUGACAACGACGGCCAAAUGCAAGGGCCAAGACCCGUGUCACGACCCCCACUGCCUAACGGGUCAAUGCAGAGUGGACCGGGAAACCCCAACGGUAACGGCGGGCCUGGAAACGGAGCCCCAGGCCAACAACAACAACCCAGACCAAUGAGCAGACCGCCUCCUCCCACCAACGGCGCACCAGGAGGAGGGCCUGGACCUGGACAGGGACCUGGACAGGGACCCGGUCCCAACGGGAUAAAUGGAAUGAACGGAACGAACGGAUCCUCCGAUGGUUCCCCGCAACCACGACCUAUGUCUCGACCUCCCCCACCAGGCGCGGCACCCACGGCCAUGCGCGCCGUGUCCAGUCCGCCUGGCAUGUCCCCGAACUCGCAGUCAAUGGGGGGAGGGGACACCCGGGGCGGCGGCGGUGGUGGCGGUGGUGGCGGUGGUCCCGGUGGCCCGCCCGAAGGCGAUCCCAACCUCCAGCAGAGACGACCGCUGAAUAGACCGCCGUCAAACGGUCCAGGAAUGGGGCCCGGGCCUAGUACAGGCGGCAAUAUGAUGGGUCCCGCCGAGGGGAUGGGAGGAGGGGGCCAGGGCCCGGCUCAGAUGCAGCGACCCAUGGGACCUAGACCGGCCAUGUCGAGUCAGGGGCAGAGCCAGGGACAGGGACAGGGCCAGUGGCAGGGACAAGGCCAAGGCCAAGGCCAAGGCCAAGGUCAGGCCCAAAGCCAAGGCCAGGGAUCGCUGGCGACGAUAGUGGCCGAGGGGCUGGGACAGCCUGAAGAUGAAGAAGGUGCCAGAGUGGGGGGUCAGAUGGGUUGA